AGAGGCAGAGAGAGAGAGAGAGAAUCCUAAGCAGGUUUUGCAAUGUCAGUGCGAGCCCAGCCCAGGGCUGGAACCGUGCUCACGAACUAUAAGAUCGCGACCUGUUCCGAAGUCAAGAAUCAGACACUCAACUGACUGAGCCACCCAGGAGCCCUUCCGCUUUGUUUUAAGUAGAGGUGAGAGGUCUGCGGUUCAGCACGCACUACGGUCAGUUUCCUGUGGGUCAGCUUCCUCUGCCACAAUGCUAGUGCCAGGUUCUGCCUGGAGUCAGGAUGGUGUCGUCGCCACGACUUAGCUACAAUCAAUCACCUCCCUCUCCGCUACGUGGUUGACAUCAGUGCUUUUACACUCAUGGCUUCAUGUGAUCCUGACAGAGAUGCUACGGCAUUGAGAAGGUAGCCAUUGUUAUGCCUGGUGUUGUCCACUGGGAUCCUCUGUACAUCCUGCUUCCCCAUUUCAUGCAAGACUUUGAAAAUGCUGCUGAACCCUCCCAGCCAUGGCAGCCGCUCCAUGGAAACGCGAAGGAUUCAGUCAAACUGGUUAUUUGGAAUCAUGCAGACCACUAUUUCCCAACCUGCAAGCGAAUCAUGGCAUUUGGUGUGUCAGGAAGACGCCCUGGGUGGCGUCGCAGGGCAGGAUUUCCUCAUUUCCAUAGGCUUCCUGUUUCUCCUCUCUCCAGCUUCUAACUGUCACUGCAACUACAUCUCAUUCUCCAGCCUGAUGUCACAUGCAAAAGUUCAGGGGUUCCUAAUCGGUACAGCGCCUUCGGGAGCAGGGGAAGCUCACUUAACAAGGCAUUCCCAUGAUGUGGCUGUUUUUAACAACAACCUGUUUGCUCUGUGGAACUUUAAAUGCUGGUAGCUUCUUUAAUUUGGAAAAUGAAGCGAAUCCUGAAGUGUGGAUGAAUAUUAGUGAGAUCAUCACCUAUAAUGGCUACCCCAGUGAGGAGUAUGAAGUCACCACUCAAGAUGGGUACAUCCUCAGCAUCAAUAGAAUCCCCCACGGGCGAGGAGAUGCUAGAAGCACAGGCCCCCGGCCAGUUGUAUACCUGCAGCAUGCUUUGUUUGCAGACAAUGCCUCUUGGCUUGAGAACUAUGCCAAUGGCAGCCUUGGAUUCCUUCUAGCAGAUGCAGGUUACGAUGUCUGGAUGGGAAACAGUCGGGGAAACACUUGGUCAAGAAGACACAAGACACUCUCAGUGACUGAAGAAAAAUUCUGGGCCUUUAGUUUCGAUGAAAUGGCCAAAUAUGAUCUCCCAAGAAUAGUAGACUUCAUUGUAAAUAAAACUGGUGAAGAGAAGCUUUAUUUCAUUGGACACUCACUUGGCACUACAAUAGGGUUUGCAGCCUUUUCCACCAUGCCUGAACUGGCACAGAGAAUCAAAAUGAAUUUUGCCUUGGGUCCGGUGGUCUCAUUCAAAUAUCCCACGGGCAUUUUUACCAGUUUUUUUCUACUUCCAAGUUCUGUAAUCAAGCAUUUUUUUGGUACCAAAGGUUUCUUUUUAGAAGAUAAGAUGGGAAAGGUACCUUCCACCAAAAUCUGCAACAACAGAAUAUUAUGGGUGAUAUGCAGUGAAAUGAUGUCCUUAUGGGCUGGAGCCAACAAGAAAAAUAUGAAUGUGAGUCGAAUGGACGUUUAUAUGUCACAUGCUCCCACUGGAUCAUCAAUCCAGAACAUCCUGCACAUAAAACAGCUUUACCGAUCAGAUGAAUUCAGAGCAUAUGACUGGGGAAGUGAAGCUGAGAACAUGCAUCACUACAAUCAGAGCCGCCCCCCACUCUAUGACUUGACCGCCAUGAGAGUGCCUACUGCUAUCUGGAUUGGGGGCAAUGACGUCCUUGUAACUCCCCAGGAUGUGGCCAGGAUACUCCCCCAGAUCAGGAACCUCCGUUACUUCGACUUGUUGCCUGAUUGGAACCACUUUGAUUUCAUCUGGGGCCUUGACGCUCCUCAGCGGGUAUACAGGAAAAUCAUAGACUUGAUGAAGUCAUACUCCUGAUGGUCAUAUGUACACUUCUGGGUUCAAAGUUGUGUGCAAGACUGUGAGCAGCUUUGGGAAAGAGACUAAUCAGCAGGAUAGCCUUCUCCAGUGUGGUUCACCUCUUUGCUGUUGCUGAGAUGCUCCCUUACCUGACAUCCACCUAAGAAUUAUUUCAACUGUCCUGUUCUUUCUCUAAGAAAUACAAACACCCUCCAAAUCCCUUCCCCUCAGUCAAAUCCCUUCCCCGAUUUUUCAUCUCUGCUAACUGUACACUUGGAAGAGUAGUUCAAAGAGGACUUUUUCUUUCCUAGUUAAAGAAAUAUUUCCUAGAAGGGAAGGAUUUGUAAAGGCAGCCACUUGGGACUAUAUUUGGAGUGGCUGUGAUCAUAUGGCUUAGGCAGUAUCGGAGUUAGGGCUAUAGUCAUUAUGGUCAUCUGUAAGCAAGCCAUGAUAUAAGGUCCAGCCCACAUCAAGCAUGAAAGAAAACAGCAGACUGGGAAAACUAACAAUAUUUAAGUAUUUGGGAGCGCAUUUUAUUGGUCCAAGCUAAGAAUGAAAAGAGAAAGAUGGAACUGGGAAUAAGUAGGUAAGAUAAGCUGAAUUACUAAUUAUUCUUAAGUUAGAACAAUGAGAAAGAAUUCUCUCUUGUUUUGCUCUAAAGAGAAGUUAAACCGAUCACCACCGGUGUCUUUGUUGUCGAUGUGGACUUUACACUAUCGCCUGUUAGCAAGUGACAUUUAAAGCAGCUUCCAGAAAGCCUAUUUUAGAAGCAGCAAGGAAGACACAGGAAUAUUCCAAGUCUUGCUCUCCUUCCUUCUCUAAAUGGUGCCAGACAUUGAUUCUAGGAUUUAGUACAGAGUUCCAAGAGUAGUGUAAAGUUUUGUGUCAGUCUGUAGUCCUGAGUGGUAUAAAUUUGCCAAGGUUCUUGACCUUCUACGAUAAUGUCAUUAACAGAAAACUGUUUCUGAUCCUCAAGGAAUCAUAAGUAAAUGAUACACAUGCAUACCUCCCACAGUUUAUUUAAACUUACAACAGGUAAAUGUAAAUUAGGUCACUGAUAUUUGCACGUAAGAUCAGGGUUUUGGGGAUGUCAAAUGCCACAUCAUCAUUCU